CACAGCUUCGUCUUGCUGUAGAACCAACGAACCAAAGAAAAUCACAAGUCAUCUUCGUCUUCAUCUUCCCUUUUGGAGUUUACACACAAAUAUCUUCAUCCAGCAAAAUCAUGAGGAGCUUCUCAAAGAACAAGUUCCUAUGUUUUCGCCCUGUCGUUGACAUAGAUUGCAUGUUAAACUCCGAAGUUGCUCCUCAUCGUUCUUCUCCCAUUCAUUUCUCACGCCACCCCACUUCAGAGAAACAACAAAUGGUGAAGAAUUCACAACCCAAAUCUGUGUACUUCCACCACGUUUCACCUAAACGAACCAUUUCUCGGGUGAUCAAAGCUGUGUUCUACGAAACCAUACUGAAUAAAAGAGAUCACCAUAAAAACCGUUACAUCCACGAUUCCUUUGGGUACAAACACAAGAAUUUGAAGUAUGGGGAAACAAAAACCCUUCAAUCGCCUCUGUCAACUUCAUCUUCAGCUUCACACGCGUCAUCAGAAUCAACGACCGUUUCAACUCAGUACUCCACCAUGGAAAAAGGGAAAGAGGGUGGUCAUGGAAGCCCACUAGAGAAGCAAAAAAGAUUCGAGUGCUAUGGAAUAUACUUGGUUCUACUAAGCUUAGCGUUUACGGUAUUUUGGGGAAAGCUUUUUGGUAUUCUUUUGACUUCAACAUUGCUCUACUUUUUCGCCGUUUGGGACUCGAGUUCUCCGUGCAAAAAAAGGUCACCUAAAAUCCCAAGGCUCAGAGAAAAUCCACAAGACAAAGAUACCAGAAAUUAUCAUGAUAUAGUUCAAGAUUAUCGAAUGGCCAUAGUCCCGUUUAGCUUUCACGAUCGAGACUUACAGAUUUUAAGAAAAAAUUAAUGAAAGUUGAUCAUGAGUCAGAUGACAAUUAACAAUGACUGUACUAAUCAAGAACUUUGCGAUAGUUUCUGGUUCAUCAUCGGAAGCAUUUUCGCAGGGAAGUAUUAGAAAGUACCAUUAUGAGGCAUUAAUUUUUGACGUGAGAAGGGUCGUUUUGGUGGUUGGUGCAUGGUUCUACAUUCUCUGCUCUGCUAUCUCUAUGCUUAGUGUCGAAGGUUUCUUGGGCACAACACAACACAAAAGACAGUGACAUGAGUGCUGUAUUCCAGUGGCUAAGCUUGGAAAGGAUUGUAGGGUGGGAGAGACAGAAGAAACAGUUCUACAUUUAUUUCCCUUUGCCAUGCUUUUGUUUGGGUUUCUGACAUGACAAUACAUAUCUAACCGAUGCAAACUAGGAAAAGUAGUUAAUGAAAUUUUAUAGCGAAAGAUGUUGGUUGUUGUAUUGAAAUUAAGUUUCAUUUGUACAGAAUUUACUUCUGAAAUAAUACGAGUGCAUUCAUGAUUUGUAAAUUAUUAAA